AUGACCACACUCACAUUGCGCCAUCUGCGCACCGCUUCUCGGUUUCAGUGUAUCCCGCCGCAGCCACCCAGCGUGGUCAAGACACAAUUUCUCUCCUUCCAAACUGCACUUCCCACCCUCCGCUUUGCAUCCACCACUUCGAACGUCCCAGCGAAGACACCCCGUAGACACCCCGUCAAUGGGCCAUCUACAACUCUCCCCGCACCCGUCAAUGUACCGGAACGCGCCGAAGAGCAGUCCUUAUUCCCCUCCUACGCCCUAGCCUUGGGAAAGGCCUACCUAGGGUUCUACAAAACCGGCAUCAAGAACAUCUAUACCAACUUCAAGCUCUCCCGAGACAUUCAACACAACAUCGACGCUCAGCACGCUUCAUCGUUCUCCGCCGCUGUUGCCUCCGCUUCCAUUACUCGUUCGGAUCUCCAACUCUUAGUCAGAAAUUGGCAUGAUAUUAAGCGGGUACCAAUUUUUGCCUUGGUGUUGAUGAUAUGUGGGGAAUUUACACCGGUAGUUGUCAUUGCACUUUCUGGUGUUGUGCCGUGGACGUGUAGAAUUCCUAAGCAAAUAGAGAGUGAUAGGAGAAAGCUUGAAAAACGAAGGUCCAUAUCCUUUCGCGAAUUGGCCACAGAGCCACCGACACAGGCAGGUGUUGAGAACUUGGGAAGGGCACAGUUAUUGCAUAUUAACAGGAGUUUGGGUUUGAGUUCUGGAUUAUGGGAUUGGAUUGGUGGGUUACCGACCGGCUUGUUGAGGAGGAAGGUUGGCAGGCGGGUGGAGUAUUUGGAGUUGGAUGAUGAUUUGAUUCGGAAGGCAGGGGGUGUUUAUGAUAUGGCUUUCGAGGAGGUUAAGAUGGCGCUUGUGGAGCGAGGGGUGGAUGUUCUCGGAAAAGGAGAUGCACUGCUGAAGGCAAAUCUGAAUGCAUGGCUACUUUCAAGGGAGAAGGCGCCUGCAGAAAAGUUACUUCUGACUAGACCCUCUAUAUGGCCAGUCAGAUUGAAACUAACGGAAAAGGUCAAGCUGUGA